AUGAUACGACAACUGGACGGAUCUUAGUCACGUCGGAUUACAUCCGGUCCAAACUUAAUGCCAACUGGCCCUGAGUGUCCGAUAGGCAUGCGACGUCCCAGUAUUGCGGGUCUAGCUUUCAAUAGCCAAGGGGUUCGCCGUCGCUCAUUCAGAUCUCAACACAUCGUUCAUCUGCAGUCUCGCCUUGCUUCACUUCCUGUUCCCCCGCUGCGCACACUUUCAGCAAACGCUUCAAACUGCUUGUUUACAUCACCCAGGUGUUUACAUCCGUAGCUUUCGUUUGACUUCAUUCCGUUGUUUAAGAUGGCAAAUUCAGGGUCCGUUGCCGAUAUGGCAGCUGUUCUUCAGGCUCUGAAGUCCAUUCAAGAAUCCCAAAUUCAAUUGCAAGAAGGUUUCGUGUCCCUAUCACAACGUAUGGACCAAGUUGCACCGCCCGUGUCCAGCACCGACGACGAUAUGGCAGAGAAGGGGUCCCAAGUUACCAAGACUGCCGUUGCUUCAACAGCUACGGUUGAAUCGACAACAACCCCAACUGCAUCCACGGAAACUGCCAUUCAAGCCCAGAAGUCGGGGUUUACCUCACGAAUCAUCCUCACGACGUAUCCCAAGCAGAUCGGUAUCGUUCCUCUUCCCUUCAAAUGGGGAGCCCCUGAGCCUGCUGAGAGAGGUCCGGUUGUGGUGUCUCGAUCCUCGUCGACCAUCGGAAGACGCAAUGCUCACGGGGGUUCGUACUCAAUAUACUUCGCCCUUGCUCUUGCAAGCAAGCAACUCGAUAUCAACCAUAAACCCGACUUCACCAAUACCGAGCCGGCCGCCAACAUUGGCCCAUUCCCCCAAUGGGGAGACCCAAAGAAGAUUGUGGCUAUGGACCCAUGGGGUCACCUGGCACCGUGGCUAUUCGCAGACACGAUCAAGAACGAGAAUGUCGACAUUAGACCCACCAUCGCCAUAACGAAGGCACACAUGAAGCUCCCCGAAUUGGAAGAAAGCGUCCGCGCCGGAAGACUUGUUCCUGAUGGCAAAAUCUGUCUGAACUCGGCCGGUGAGCUUGCUGUAACCAAGUUUGCAGUCGAACCGGUAUGGUACCUGCCAGGUGUCGCAGAGAGAUUUGGCAUAGACGAGGGUGUGCUACGUCGCUCGCUGUUUGAGCAUACAGGCGGGAGUUAUCCCGAGUUGAUUACUCGCGGAGAUAUAAAGGUCUUCUUGCCACCAAUUGGUGGCUUGACGGUGUAUUGUUUUGGUGAUCCAGCGAAGAUGUCGGACGAGAAAGUGCGCUUGGCUCUUCGAAUUCAUGACGAGUGCAAUGGUAGCGACGUGUUUGGCUCCGAUAUCUGCACCUGCAGACCCUAUCUCAUCUACGGCAUUGAAGAGGCUGUCAAGGAAGCACAAAAUGGCGGAAGUGGCGUCGUCAUCUACUUCAGAAAGGAGGGGAGAGCUCUGGGAGAGGUCACCAAGUACCUCGUCUACAAUGCCAGAAAACGAGGCGAAGAUCGAGCUUCGGAUUACUUUAAGAGAACCGAGAACAUUGCCGGUGUAAAGGAUAUGCGGUUCCAGGCCCUGAUGCCUGACAUCCUGCAUUGGCUUGGAAUCAAGAAGAUUGAUCGAAUGUUGAGCAUGAGCAACAUGAAGCACGACGCCAUCGUGGGCCAGGGCAUUCCCAUCCACGAGCGGGUCGAGCUACCGGAGGAAUGGAUCCCCCAGGACUCGCGGGUAGAGAUUGACGCCAAGAUUACUGCUGGAUACUUCACUACCGGACACAGAAUGACCGAAGACGAGUUGAAAGCCGUCAAGGGCCGUAUGUGGGAAGACAUCGACCACUGAGAAUUUACCGGAAAGGGCGCUGGAAAUUGGAGUUGAACGAUGUUAGACAAUACUUGUAUUACGCGUAGCACUUUGUUAGAAAUCAAAGCAACUAGCACACCAUUCCACCGA